GUCAAUAAAUAUGAUAACGUUCGCUUAUCGGUCACCAACAAUAACGUUUAAAAUCUUAACUUGCUGUAACGGCCUCCAGCAGUUACUUUCGAGAUGUUGUCACGGCUGUUAACGUUAUACGCAGUGUUGCUGCUUGGUUGUGGCAACUGCUUUGCUGCAAGCACAGUUGAUUGGUGGGAAUCGGCCACGCUCUAUCAAAUCUACCCCCGCUCCUACAUGGACAGCGAUGGCGAUGGUGUGGGUGACUUGAACGGCAUCACAUCUCGGCUGGAAUAUCUGCAAGAAAUCGGCGUGACAGCUACUUGGCUGUCGCCCAUAUUCGAGUCACCAAUGGCAGACUUUGGUUAUGACAUUUCGAAUUUCACAAAGAUCGAUCCGAUUUUCGGCAGUUUGGCCGACUUUGAUGCGUUGAUAGCGAAGGCGCAUAAAUUAGGUGUUAAAAUUAUUUUGGAUUUUGUGCCCAACCAUUCGAGUGAUGAAUGUGAAUGGUUUCAGAAGUCGAUACGUAGGGAAGAUGGAUAUGAUGACUUUUAUAUUUGGGAGGAUGGCAAAAUUGAUCACGAGACUGGCAAGCGCGUACCACCCAGCAAUUGGGUAAGUGUGUUCAGCGGGCCGAUGUGGACUUGGAACGAGCAACGCCAACAGUAUUAUCUGCACCAGUUUUUGCCGAAACAACCCGAUCUCAACUUUAGCAAUCCAAUGGUACGCGACCAUAUGCAGGAAGUGUUGAAAUUUUGGGUUGAUCGUGGUGCAGAUGGCUUUCGGAUAGAUGCGGUGCCUCAUAUUGGCGAAAAGCGCUACACGAAUGGCACAUAUCCCGAUGAGCCGCUAAGCGGCCGGAGUGAUGAUCCAAAUAGUUAUAAUUACCUCGAACACAUCUACACGAAGGAUCAGCCACUAACUCUUGAGGUUGUGUACGAAUGGCGAAAUUUCUUGGAUGAAUAUAAACGUCAGCAAGGACGCGACACCAUCGUCCUCAUUGCUGAAGCCUACUCUUCCGUCGAAGUCUUGAGUGAUUACAUUAAUAACGGCACCCACUUAGGAACCCAAAUGCCCAUGAACUUCAAUUUGAUGUCAAUCAACGGCUAUUCGACAGCAAAAAAUGUUGAAGACUCUGUAAAAGGAUGGAUGGAUAAUAUAUGGCAAAAACAUCAGUCCGCUAAUUGGGUGGUGGGAAAUCAUGACAACGAUCGGCUGGCAACACGCAUGGGUCAGCACAAAGUGGAUCUAAUGACUAUGCUGGUACACGCGCUGCCCGGCACUUCGGUCACUUAUUAUGGUGAAGAAAUCGGCAUGUCCAAUGUGGUCACUGAAUGCACUGCCAUCUCCUGUGAAGACCGCGAUCCCGAGCGCACGCCGAUGCAAUGGGACACUUCGGAUCAUGCUGGCUUUACCACGGGUCCGACCACCUGGCUGCCCAUCUCUUCCGACUACAAACGUUUCAAUGUGGCGACCGAACGUGGCGUGGCAAGAAGCACUCUGCAAAUCUUUAAAGGAAUGACGCAAUUGAAGCAAACAGCCGCAUUUAAAGCCUUUAAAGAUGAGCGUGGCUUCGCCUUUGGAGCAGUUUCGGAACAGGUCUUUCAAGUUGUGCGCAGCGCUUUGGCGGGCGAGGAAUAUCGCAUACUCAUUAAUAUGGGCAACAAGAUAGAAUAUGUGCAUGGCUUAGCAAAUAUAACAAUGGAAUAUGUGCUGCUCAGCCGACAUUCGCCACACAGUUUUGGCGAUAAGGUGAAUUUGAGUCAGCGUAUAUACUUGAUGCCUUAUGAGGCGGUGGUUCUGCGUGGAUCUGCCGACAGCGAUUGAUUCUUUGUUAAAUCUAAGAAAACAUUGAUGUAAUAUUUCGGAGCAAGGAUACCGCGAAGCUUUAAUAAUAAAUCUUCGAAAAGAGGAGAAAAUUUUUUUUCUUUUUCUGAAAGUAUAUUUCAUGAUCGUAAUUUAAUGCCAAGGUAUUGGAAAAUAAUAAAAGCUUUUAUUUUAUUGCUUCAACUUUUAACGAGAUAAGUACAAUAUAAAAACAAAUUUAGUGGCUUUGAAUAAACGUGCUUUAAUAACAUUAAAUCAACUAA